AUGGCCGCCAAAGCCGGCCUCAAAGCGGCCAAGACUGCACUCGACAAUCAGCAAUAUGACCGGGCGAUAGAAGAGGCCCAAUCGGUGCUAUCAUCGGACCCUCAAAACCACUUUGCAAAGCUCUUCCUUGGCCGAGCGCUUGAGAAGCAGGGGAAAUUGGACGACGCCGCCCAGACAUACCGUUCCGCCGCAAACGCCAAGCCUGACGACUCGCAGGCGUGGCAAGGUCUGUGUAGCGUCUACGAAGCCCUGGCCCAAAACUCAAAGAACCUCGACGAGUAUCUUGAAGCAGCUGUCAAGCUUGCUGAAUUCUUUGCUGCUGCUGAUGAUAAGCAUCGUUGUCAGACCACGAUAGAUAAGCUAGUUGCCGUCACCAAGCAACAUGGCAGUAAAGCUCAGAUCAAAAACGUGUAUCGUGUGUUGCUACCUGGCAGCACAAUCUACGAUUUCUUAGAAGGUCGAUUACCACAUCCUGCCAACACGUACGUCCGGCUUUCAGAGAUCACUGAAGCCGAAGAGGAGCAGCGCAUCAAGAAGGAAAUCAACAAUCGGCGUACUCGUAUUGGGUCGAAAGUAGGCCAGGUCACGCUCGAGGUCAAAAGAGAAGUCUUUGGAAGUAGCGAUCUGGAAACGCUUUACCAAAAUGUCAUCGAUUGGUCAAACGACGACGGAGUUCGACGACAGUACGAGGAGAAGCUGCUUCAGAGGGCGUACGAUGUUCUCGUCGUGUUACCCAUGGAGCAGAAGUCGUCCAAGCUCAAUCAAGUUCUUGACCUUGCUGAAGGCAUGGUCAUUAUACACCACCCCUUCCUCAUGGCUUGGGAUUUGGUUCUGGAAACAAGAGACGUCGAAGACCUGAGAGAGUUGGAUGCCAACAUUCUACGGGAGUAUAUCGAGCUGUUCCCUGAAAGUGGCCUGGGCAAGACACUUCGAGGUUGGAUCAACUGUGAACUGUCUCCGUUCCCACCGCCUCCGAAAGCGGAGGGAGAUGAUGCAAAAGAAGCCGAGCAACUCAGCCCGGAAGACCGUCUAUUAUUGCUCACUGAUGGUCUCUCAGACGCCGAAUCAUCUCCGCUUGGUCAUCGGCUUGUCAGUGAAUACUUUCUACAUCUCGAGGAGCACCAGAACGCUGUAGAUACAGCCAGAGCGGGUAUGAAAGCUGUGCAGAACGAGUCGAACAGGCUCAGCAUGAGCUUCCAAAAUACAAUAGAUGCGCUCAAUUCGGUCUUGGGAACCACACUGGUCCACUACCAAGCACCAAGGAAUCACGCCGAAGCGCGGCGACUUUUCGAGGACAUCCUCCAACGAAAACCGAAAUUCACACCUGCAUUGAUCGGACUUGGACUGAUCUUCGAGGAGAUAGAAGACUAUCAGGAUGCUAUCGACUUCUUCGAGCGAGCUCUUGCUGAGGACAAAGGCAAAGUGCGUGUUGGCACAGAACUUGCUUGGUGUAGGGCGCUGAGCAGUGAUUACCAACAAGCCAUGAAAGAGCUAGAAGACUUCCUCCAGUUGAUCAAGGCCGACGAUCCACGAACUAGAGAUCUCCGAGCCCAGACGCUGUACAGAAUCGGCAUAUGCAUGUGGGAGACAGACACAUCGAAAACAGCACGAAAGGACCGCAAUGGCGCAUACAGUCGUUUCUUGGCUGCCAUCAAGACGAAUGUCAAUUUUGCACCUGCGUAUACCAGCCUUGGCUUGUACUACGCAGAGUAUGCCAAGGACAGGAAGCGCGCAAGGCAAUGUUUCCAGAAAGCUUUUGAACUCUCAACAGCAGAGGUGGAAGCAGCUCAACGACUUGCAAGAUCAUUCGCCGAUCAAGGUGACUGGGACAUCGUCGAAGUUAUUGCGCAGCGUGUAGUCGACUCUGGGCGGGCCAGACCACCACCAGGGUCGAAGAAGAAAGGUAUCAGCUGGCCUUACUCAGCUCUUGGUGUGGUUCACAUGAACAAACAAGAGUACCAGCAAGCCAUCGUUUCAUUUCUUGCUGCCCUGCGGAUCAGUCCUGAUGAUUAUCAGUCCUACGUUGGCCUCGGUGAGAGCUAUCACAACUCCGGCAGAUACAACUCUGCCCUUCGGACUUUCAAUUACGCCCUUGACCCGCACGAUGGCGUAGAGAUGAAGGUCACUGGUGAGACUUGGUUUGCUAAGUACAUGCUUGCAAAUGUCCGCAGAGAAUUGGGAGACUUUGGCGAGGCUGCCGAGGGCCUGAGAUCAGUAUUGCAUGAGCGGCCGAGCGAGUUCGGUGUGUUGAUGUCCCUGAUGCAGACUUACAUCGAGCAUGCUGCCAGAUGUGUGGAGACCGGUAUGUUCGGUCAGGCUGUCGACAACGCUAAGGACGCCAUCGUUACUGCGGGAAAGAUCGUGCAAGACAACCCAAGCGCUUUCAAUUUGUGGAAGGCGGUCGGCGAUGCAUGUUCUACUUUCUCCUUCAUUCAGAGCGGUACCACUCGAUUCCCGAUUGAAGAAGUGAGGCAGCUGCUAAGGACUUCUGCUACCGCGGAGACCUAUGAUCCCCUUUCUGAAGCCGAUGGCGUCUCACUCGAUGAUCUCGAUGAGAAAAAUGGUACAAUCCUUCAAAAACCAUUGGUUGCGGCCCUAUUGUCUUGUAAGCGAGCAAUCCAUUCAACCUCGCACGAUAUCCAUGCCCAGGCGGUGGCUUGGUACAACCUCGGAUGGGCGGAGCAACGAGUUUACGCCUGCCAUGAUGCGAAAGUCGGCAAGAGGCACCUCACUGCUGCCGUGAAGUGUUUCAAGCGUGCCAUCGAGCUCGAAGCAGGCAACUAUGAGUUCUGGAACGCCCUCGGUGUUGUCACCACCACGCUCAACCCUAAGGUCGCACAACACGCCUUUGUUCGUUCACUGCAUCUCAACGAGUUGAACGCCAAGGUCUGGGUGAACCUUGGUGUACUCUAUCUGCUACAGAAUGACAAUGAGCUCGCACAUCAGGCUUUCAGCAGAGCGCAGAGCACCGAUCCAGAUUACGCCCAUGCUUGGCUUGGAGAGGGACUUAUCGCACUGCAGGUCGGGAACACUCAAGAGGCCCUGAACCACUUCACGCAUGCCUUUGAGAUUUCAGACUCUGCAUCUUUCCUCGUCAAGCGUCAGUACGCCGUCUCCAGCUUCGACCAUCUGUUAGGCUCUCCAUCCGCUUCGAACGACCGUACAAAGCUCAUCCAGCCUAUUUUUGCUUUGGAGCAGCUCCGCGCACAGCUUCCGGAGGAUCUUCCUUUCCGUCAUCUGGCCGCCCUCUAUCUGGAACGGGUGGGCAACCACAUCGCAGCCAUCGAGACUCUCACCGAGCUAUGCAGCACCGCAGAGGCAGAAUACGAAGCGUCGGAAUCACUGGCUUCACUUGCUCGAUUCGCACUAGCAAAAUCGGACCUUUCCCGCAACCAACUCGCAGCUUCAUCCUUCUCUGGGGCAAGCGAGAAUGCAGAGACAGCCCUCGAUCUCUCAUCUGACGCCGAUAGUAGCGGCUUAGACACAGAGGCGAGGGGGAAGCUACGUCUCUCUGCUCACCUUACCGCUGGUCUAGCACAAUACAAUCUGCAACAAAUCGCCGAGAGUAUCUCCAUGUUCAAAGCCGCUCUUCUCGAAAGCGAAAACGAUCCCGACGUCGUGUGCUCGCUAGUGAAAGUACUUUGGGCUGAAGGCGGAAAAGAGGAAAAGAGUGUAGCAAGAGACCAGCUCUUCGAAUGCGUAGAACGCUACCCGCAGCAUGUUGGUGCCGUCGCCCUUCUCGGAACCAUUGCCGCGCUGGAAGACGAUCAGGAUACGUGUCUCGCGGUCCGAGACGACCUUCUCAGCAUUCGGACGAAGGACGACAUUUCCCGUCUGGACCUCGACGGCGUCGAAAACCUCUUGUCUGCUCUUGCUUCUCUUGUUGGGGAUGGAGAUGAGGCUACAGAGGCUCGUGCUGCUAUUAUGCUGAAACCAGAUCAUCCGCAAGCUUGGGCACGGUUGGCGGAAGCCUCCGGGGAGCCAUAUGCUGCGGAAAUGGUGUUGAAGACGGCGUCAGCUUCUGUGCCGCCGCAUGGGAGCAUGGAAGCUUUUGAGCUGGCACGCGCACAUGCGGGUGUUGGCACUGUAGGCGAUGCGCAGAGGGCGGUUUUCUUGGCGCCUUGGGAAGCUGGUGGGUGGAAAGCGAUGAAGGAGGCUCUUGAUGGUUGA